AUAGCCACUUAUUCUUCCAUAUUACAACAAUCUCUCAUAUUACAAUUUUAUUGCUAUUUUUGUAAAACCUAAACCUCUCUCUUUCUCACACACACAAAUUAGCAAUGGUCGACCUUGACUUAAUCCCCACUAAAAGUGGCGAAGAAACCGAACCUGACACCCCACCGCACACGCCCACUCCAUCCCACCCUUCGCCGGCGUUCAAAGAAUGCAUGAAGAAUCACGCAGCCAAUAUAGGUGGCCACGCAGUAGACGGCUGCGGAGAGUACAUGCCGAUGCCGCCCCGCUCCGCCGUCCCUAUCUCACUGAUAUGCGCCGCCUGCGGCUGCCACCGCAACUUCCACCGCCGCGCACACUUUCUCAAUUUCGGACAGCCUCAGCCCAAGCUAACCGUUAAAGAAGUGGGGAGAAAGCGGUCGAGGACGAAAUUCAGCCAGGAGCAGAAGGAGAGGAUGCAUUCCUUCUCCGAGAAGCUCGGCUGGAAAAUGCAGAGGUGCGACGAGGCGGCCGUGGAAGAGUUCUGCCUCGACGUCGGCGUCGCUAGAGGAGUGCUCAAAGUGUGGAUGCACAACAACAAGAACAUCAAUGGCGAGAGUGGAAAGAGUUUUUCACUUCAUUAACGCUGUUUAUUGUUGUUAUUCACUAAUUAAUUUCAUUUUCACUCCCAUUUUAAGUAUUUUAUUUUCUCAUACAACUUAUAAAUCCACCGGUAUUCUAUAAUUUUGAAAAAAAUGAAAAACUAAAUUGAGAAUAUUUCUCUGUUGGAAUCGGGUGAUGUGGUUGUGAAUCAUAAAUACCAUAAUAAAUAUUUUGGUAUGACCAUACUUCAAUUGAUAGUAAAGUUGGUCAAAUUCUUGUAUCUACAUCUUGUUUUAUAAAAUAUUUUCGGCAUGAGCCUAUUGAGUACAACAAGUACUCAGCCCUGCAUAUCCUUUUUCUUUAUGUGCAGGUUGAGGGGUGAUGUUGCGGCGGAUGUUGAGUGAGCUUUAGGAAU